UUUUUUUCUUUUUAUUUUUAUUAUUCUCUCACUCUAUCAUUAAAAAAAUGGGCCUUUUUAAAGCGCUUGAUGCAAUUGUUCAUGGAGGUGUUGGUCAACCUGAUUCUUAUGAAAAAAAGAAAGAUUAUACCUUUGGUGAAGUUUUAGGCAGUGGCUCAUUUGGAUCUGUAAAAAAAGCUAUUCGAAACAGUGACGGCAAAGAAGUAGCUAUCAAAGUAAUUCCUAAGCGCAACGUAAAGAAUCAUUUAGAUAUGGUCAAGGAUGAAGUGAAUGUAUUAAAAGGCUUAAACCAUCCCAAUGUCAUUGGAUUUUACGAUACAUUCGAAUCCAGGGACAAGUUUUAUCUUGUUUUUGAACUUGCUACAGGUGGUGAAUUGUUUGAACGUUUGUUUGAAAGAGGCAAAUUUACUGAGAAAGAUGCAGUGGCAAUCAUUCAGUCUGUAUUAAAGGGUCUUGCCUAUCUGCACGAAAACAAUAUUGUUCAUAGAGACAUGAAGCCCGAAAAUUUGUUAUUCAAGACACCUGAGUCUGAUUCCGACUUGGUGAUUUGCGAUUUUGGUAUUGCAAAAUCAAGUUCUCAGGCUUCUGCCCUGGAAACUGUGUGUGGUUCACCAGGUUAUGUUGCACCAGAAGUAUUGUUGCAAAAGGGCUAUGGCCCUGCAAUCGAUAUGUGGGCUGUUGGUGUAAUCACCUAUACAUUACUGUGUGGUUAUCAGCCAUUUCAAGCAGAAGAUCAAGUUGAAUUAAUGGAUGAAAUUACACAUGCUCGCUUUGAUUUCCACGAAAGAUACUGGAGAAAUAUCUCUAUGGAUGCCAAGGAAUUCAUUCGUGCACUCUUAACCUUGGAUGACAAAAAAAGAUUGACUGCAAAAGAAGCCAUGACUCACAAAUGGAUGACAAGUAACAAUGCUAAUGAUAUUGAUAUCUUGGAUACUGUUCGUGAAAAUUUCAAUCCUCGCCGCACAUUAAAAAGCGCAGUUGGUGCUAUCAGAGCUAUGAACAGACUAAAGACAGCUUCUAUGAUUGUUGCACAAAAGAAACCGCAGCAAGUAGAAGAUCCUGUUGUUACAGAGACAUCUACUCCUGCUGUAGCUGCAGUAUAAUAUGUAUUUCUUUAUUAUUAAUAAACUAAU